GGUCAUAUCUGCUUAAGCUCCUUUUGUGAUAUCUUGCUCCUAUAUUCUAAUAUCAAAAAGGUCAAUAUAUAGCAUGGAUGAUGCCAUUUAUUCGUACAAUUUUAAUUUUAACUCCAUCCGGAUUGUAUGGAAGGAAGUGCUCAUUCGUUCACAAGCAAACUAUGUUUAUCCAAAAAAAACUGAAUACAUGGUUAAGUAUAGGACCUAGUAUUAUUGCAGUCUUCCUGCAAAUCCAUUGGACACAUGUUUUACAUUGUCAUGCUAAUUUUGAAGAAGGGUUUUUUACAACCGUGCCCUCAGUUGAGGCAGGGAGCUCAGUUUUACCCAUAGAUUCCCACGUUCCUCAGUUUUACCCCUUUGGCGAGCACGGAACCUAGCCUCUGCCCUUACGGAGGGAUUCCGUCCCUCUGUCCCGUGACUAACCGGUGGGUCCACUGCUGCUAGCCGCUUACAUGUGGGUCCCAUCUAUGGCGUCUUCCACGCCUCCGCUAAGCUGGCCCCGCCGGUCAAGCUCGCCUCCGCUCAGAUCGAAUCUCGCCGCUCGCCUCCGCUCGACGCCUCCCUGCCGCCGCAGCCGUCCCCUGCGCCCGCCCCUCACCUCCUCCCGCUUCGCCCGCAUGUACCUCGCGCCACUUGCAUCGCCUCCCACGCCUCGCCUCGCCUCCCAGCCGCCUGCAUCGACCUCACGCCUGCAUCGAAAGCGGGUUGGUCCGGAGCCAUAGCGGCGACGAGGCUGCCCUAGGAGACGCCAUCGUAAUCCUAAGUUGUGAGAGCUUCGACGCCAGGUCGAGAACCUCCUCCCAACCGACGGCCAAGAAGGCUGUGGCCGAGAGCAAGGAGGAGCCCAUAGAGGAAGCCGUCACCGCUACCUCUUCGUCGCCGUCCUCGUGCCGCCGGCAACCACCACGCGUCCAGCAAGCGCCGACGCCAGCUUUGAGCUUGUGACGCUCCCCAGUCUGUGCGGUCCUCAAUCCAGCCGUCUGCCGAUAUUGGUCCCCCCCGUUCCAGUUGUCCGAAGCAGGUGAUUCCUUGUGCUUGCUGUCAUGCAUCAUUUUUAUCAUGCUCUUGCUGCCAUGCAUCUUGCUACAUUCAAAUAGUUUGUAAUUUUUGUAGGAAUUACAUAGGAUGGAUUCGUUUGAGCUGAAUGUCAGAAGGGAAACAAGCAGAUUUGGACAGAAUGGUAAAAAGUAUUAUCUUGGUGGCUUUGAUUUUAAAAUUGUUAGAUAUAGCUAUUGGACAUUUGAGCAAUUAUGCAAGGCUUUUUGUGAUGAGUAUGCUUGGGGUAGUGAUGAUGACGUAGAAAUCCAAUACUAUGUUAAGGUUGAGAAUAAGUUUGUCCAAGUUAGUUCCGAUGCAGAGUUAACUCUUAUGUUUGUGAAGAACAUGGAGGAUAGGUCAAUAUUUUUGCAGAAUGAAGUUGUUAUCAGAACAAGAGCACAAUGUAAUCCUAACCAUCCUAUCACUGCCAAUACAUCAGUGCAAUCCCAAGCUUCUUGCAAUAAAAGUCAGCCUAGCAGUACUACAAGUGAGCAUGUGAGGUCUCAAGCUUCUGGUAGUACUGUGCAGGAUGUUAUAGUAGAAGAAAGCUUACCUGAUCAGUUUGUUUCUUGUGACAAUGAUGAGAGGCUUUAUGCAGAUCUAGUUGAUAGGACCAACAUAGAAGGUUGUGAUGAAUUAAUUGCUCAAUUUCAAGAAACUGAUGAUGAAGAGAAGGAGGAGAACAAUGAAAUGGGUUUGGGUGAGCUUGUAGGUGAUGAAGACCUACCAGUGAUUCAUUAUGACAAAGAUAAUCCAUCUCUAGAUGAAGGCAGCACAUUCCCAUCAAUGGAUGAUUGUAGGAUUGCACUUGCUACUUAUUGUAUUCGGGGUGAAUUUGAUUUUGUGAUUGACAAGAGUGAGCCAGGUAGAUUGACAGUGCACUGUGCAUACAAUAGGUGUAGAUGGAGGAUGCAUGCCUCCCUAUGAGGAAUAGCACAAUUAUUCAGGUUAAAGUGAACUCGUUUCCUCAUACAUGUCCAAGUGCUGAGAGAAAAGCCUCAGUUAAGGUAGCUAAGAGCAGAUGGUGCGCCGAUGUAAUGCUGAAUUGGGUUAGGGAGAACCCUUGCAUUGGUACAGCUGCAUUGGUAAGGAAAAUCUAUGAGACAUAUGGUAUUCAGGUGCCUUACAUGAGGGUGUUCUAUGGUAAGGAAAUGGCUCUUGACCGAAUUAAUGGUCCGUGGAAGGAUAGUUUCAAGUUGGUGUACACAUUCAAAGCAGAGGUAGAGAAGGCAUGUCCAGCAAGUGUUGUAGAAAUAGAUAGGCACACGGUGCAAUACAAGGUGAAAGGAAAGACUAUGGAAAAGGAGUGCUUUAGGAGGGUGUUUGUUUGCUUCAAGGCAUGCUAGAAGGGAUUUUUUUACGGUUGUAGGCCGUACUUGGCAGUGGACGCAACCGCUUUGAAUGGGAGGUUUAGAGGUCGGUUAGUCGCUGCUACUGCUAUUGAUGCACAUAACUGGCUAUUUCUGGUAGCUUAUGGAGUGUUGGAGGCAGAAUCAACUGAGAGUUGGAAAUGGUUUCUCCAGAACUUGCGGCAUAUGAUAGGGUUUCCAAAUGGGUUGGUCAUACACACAGAUGCUUGCAAAGGCCUAGAAAUUGCAAUUGAUCAGGUGUUCCCUGGAGUGGAGCAUAGAGAAUGUAUGCGGCACCUUGUUGCUAAUUUUGGGAAACUGUUUAAAGGAAAACUGUAUGAUGACAACCUAUGGCCAUCAUCUUUGACAUAUAGCUCAAAGAAGCAUAUGUACCACCUAAGGCAAAUGUUCACAAAGCAAGAAGUGGAGGACUUCCUAGAGAAGGAUCACCCCAAGAUUUGGGCUAGAAGCAAAUUCAAUGAAAUCUGCAAGGUUGACUAUGUCAAUAAUAACCUUGCAGAGUCGUUCAAUGCAUGGAUUAGGAAAGUCAAGGGGUUAAAUUUGGUGGAUAUGUUGGAUAAGAUCAGGCAAAUGCUGAUGGCCAAGUUUUCCUUGCGUCAAAAAAUUGCAGCUGAAAAAUUUGUUGGUCACAAAAUCAUUCCAGCUAUGAUGAAGCCCUUGCAUGCUAAAACUAGAUCUUUGAAAAUGACACUGAUUAAGCGAAAGCCUUAUGAGGCUGAUGUGACAGCAAUUGACAAGGAGAACAGAGAAUGGAGGUAUCCCGUGGACUUAGAAAAGAGGACAUGUAGUUGCAGGCAAUGGCAGAUUACUGGGCUACCCUGCAUCCAUGCCUUAUUUUUCAUUACUUCUCUUCGUGGUCCAGCUGCAGAAAUUGAUCAGUACGUGCAUGAGUAUUACUCAGUUGCCAAGUUUAAUGCCACAUAUGUUGAAAAUGUGCCUUCCAUGGAGGGAAAACAACAAUGGGAGGUCAUCAAUCCAGGUUUCGUUCUACACGCUCCACUUCAGGGAAGAGCACCAGGAAGGCCAAAGAAGACUAGAAUAAGGUCAAGUGCUAAGGGGAGGAGUGGACUUGGUCCAAGGAAGGCUAGAUGCAAGAGAUGUGGAGGUUCAGGACUGUGAAGCAGAGCCCCCAGCUGAAAGUGAAGCAGAGCCCCAAACUGUGCCCUCUAGUGUUACAUGUGUGGCUAGGGAGAAGAAAAAUAAGAAAGUAAGUGAGGUGGGAAGCACCUCCAUUGAUAUACAGGAGCAGUCUAGGCGAGCACUGAACCACAACAUAACAGUUAACUAGCUUAUUCUAUAUGCCAAGUUUGGAAGGGAAAGGAGGAAGAACCAGUAUGCCAAGUUCUGGAAGAAGGGCCUGUAUGCCAAGUCCCUCCCUUCCUGCAGUUCUGGAAGAAUGGCCAGUAUGCCAAGUUCUGGAAGUAGAAGGGCCAGUAUGCCUGGGUUUAGAAUGAGUUUGGAAAAUCGAUCAAGCUGGGCAUCAUCGAAGAUGCAACUAACAGGAACCACCUUGCCAAGCUUCUUAGAUUUGAAAGCUUCAUCCUUCAUACCAAGUCUGAUGGCAAACUCACCUCUCUUGACGAAUACAUUUCAAGGAUGAAGCCAGGGCAGAAAGACAUCUUCUACAUUCCAAGGAUGUCAAAUAGAUGCAUUGUUGUAUUAAAAAAAAUUUACAACCGUGCCCUCAGUUGAGGCAGGGAUAGGAAUUGUAAAGGAUAAAUGCUGAUUGAUUGAAAUGGUACAUACCUCUUCCCAUAAUUGUAGCUCUGCAGUUGAGGAUUUCUAUUUCAACAUGUCUGUGUAUAGCUAUACACAUUGUGAUUCCUAAUUACAUGCACCGUGAAUGCAAUUUCUGGUACAAUUA